AUGGGCCUGGGCCACUCCAAGGCUCACCCUCGGGUGAUCAAAGUCACACCUUUACAAAGUCAAGAAACAGAGACACCCUCAACUGGCCCUGUGUUCUUUGCAUUGAAUCAGAACCUGGAAGAAAAGAGCUCAUACUUAUUCACGAAACUGCAGGACCGAAACCGAACUCUAGAAGGACAGCUACCACCUCUUCGAGAAACCUGGUAUGGAAGACUCCCUGCAGUAUCCAGGGCCCUGUAUCUUGACAUCCCACUGAAACAUGAAGAAACAAGUAUUAUCAAAAGACAUCCACCCCGAAGAAUUCAAAAGCUUGAACCCAUUGACCUGCCACAAGCAAUUACCUCUGAAAGGCCUCUGUGCCAGCAAGAAGCCAGAACAAAGCCCAGUGCAAAGCAGGAAAAUGAGAAGAAAAUCCAACUUCCUAUGUACACUUCUGGGAAAAGACAAUAUUUACAUAAGAUGAAAAUGCUAGAGAUGAAUCAUAAGAGACAAGAGGCCCAAAUGGAGUUGAGGAAGAGUCUUCUGAGAAAAGCAAUGCUGGAGAUGCAAAAGCUGAAGGACCAUAACAGCAACAAAAUCACCCAGAGUAAGACGAGGAGCAAUGGCUAUAACAUUCUCACCAUACUGCCUGGUGAAAACAUCAACAGAGACCCCGGAAAUCCCCAGGAUGAAGAAUUCUUAGAUUAUCACACAGAGAAUGACUAUUGUGUCCGGAAAAUUGGCAAAAUGGAAACAUGGCUCCGUGAACAGGAAGCCCAGGGACAGCUUUUCUGGGACAGUUCCAGCUCUGACUCUGACGAACUUGAAAAAGAUGAGAGGAGACCACAAGCACUGGUGAGGACCAAGACAGAGAAGAUCCCUCUUUAUGAUGACUUUUAUGACAGUGAGUAAGAAAGCUAGAUGCUACCCUGGGUAGUGAGGGCACGGAAUGCCUUGGGUUUGUUUUCUUCCAUAAAAUCAUUCAUAUCUGCAUAUGGACUACUCUGAGGGAUGCAAGCUAUUUUGGUAUUCAGAAAGGAUGUCAUCUGGAGUCUUGUGGUUAAUAACCUUGUCAUGUAUGCUUUAAGUCUAUGCCUUAAAACUGA